GAGACAAGUGUCCGGAGGGAAAGGGCUCGUCCCGAAUAGCAUAAGAAUCUGGUUUGGGUUCGGCCCGUUGCAAACAAAGAGAUCAUGGCGGCUGUAGUUGUUGCAUGCAGAGGGAGGGGAGGCAAACGGGAGAGCAACACAAACCCAGGAUUUCUGCAGUAGCAGAGAGUGAAGACUUACCAGAGUCAGUGGACGGUGUGAAGAUUUUGUCUGGGUUUCCCACUUAUAGCUAACUCAAUGACCAUGGAGUCGGGAGCCGAUGCCCAGCAGGGUGCAGACACUGCAGUCUCUGAAACUGAGAACCAACAGAUCACACAGGCCCAGUUCGCCACUCUUGCACAGGUAACAAUGGCUGCCGGACACGCUAGUGCCACAGCGCCCACAUUCACCCUGGUGCAGCUGCCCAAUGGUCAGACGGUGCAGGUACACGGAGUGAUUCAGGCUGCUCAACCUUCAGUCAUUCAGUCGCCACAGGUGCAGACUGUCCAGAUUUCCACAGUAGCAGAGAGUGAGGACUCGCAGGAAUCAGUGGACAGCGUGACUGACUCUCGAAAACGAAGAGAGAUUCUUUCUAGACGCCCCUCGUAUAGGAAAAUCCUGAAUGACCUAUCAUCAGACGCUCCAGGAGUUCCGAGAAUUGAAGAGGAGAAAUCCGAGGAGGACACUGCGCCUGCCAUCACUACAGUGACCGUGCCAACCCCAAUAUAUCAGACCAGCAGUGGCCAGUACAUCGCCAUUACACAGGGUGGAGCCAUUCAGCUUGCGAAUAAUGGCACAGAUGGAAUGCAGGGAUUGCAGACUCUCACCAUGACCAAUGCAGCAGCAGCCCAGCCGGGGACCACCAUCCUGCAGUACGCCCAGACCAGUGACGGUCAACAAAUACUGGUGCCCAGCAAUCAAGUGGUGGUACAAGCUGCUUCUGGAGAUGUUCAGGCCUAUCAAAUUCGUACUGCCCAAACCAGCACUAUUGCUCCAGGUGUGGUCAUGGCAUCCUCUCCGGCCCUGCCAAGUCAAGGAGGUGCUGAAGAGGUCACGCGCAAGAGGGAGGUCCGCCUCAUGAAGAACAGAGAGGCUGCUCGUGAGUGCCGUCGAAAGAAAAAGGAAUAUGUCAAGUGUCUGGAGAACCGUGUGGCCGUUUUGGAGAACCAGAACAAAACUCUCAUCGAGGAGCUCAAAGCACUCAAAGACCUGUACUGUCACAAAUCAGAGUGACGUACCACCCGUUCUCCCUUCAUUCUGGCAGACUUACGAGACUAAAGGGCGAGUCACGGACGCAUGUUUUCGAAAUGUUUUCUUUUUUUAAAUUGCUGCAGACUGCCUGUAUGAACACACAAGUAUGUGAGGGAACUGAACAGAAGCCCCCGGGUCAACACAAAUCUCCUCUAGAAAUAUUGGAUCAUGUCAUUAAAGACAAAAAAAAAUGCUGAGAAAUGUACUGUGGACAUAAACACUCAAGUACGUUCUCAGGCAUCUUUACUCCUGGACUCAAACCGAAACUCAGAGGAGGGGUUUGUGGGAAAAUGUUUACCUUUUUUCCAGUGUGCUGGUGUAUAAUACGUCCAUAACUUUUAAAAGAGAUACAAAUAAUGUACAAUAAUAAUAAUUUAACUGACAUUUCAAUAGCAUGGUAGGCAUCGAGAAAGAUUUUGCUUUGGAGUUGGCAUCAUUCCCUCUUGAGAUUCUAAAGGUUUAACGUGUCUGACCGUUACUUUUAUUUGGUGUAUAGUGCUCUUGUGUUUUAAGUUGACAUUUUUACCUUUAAAUAUGAACAAACUAUAUAAAAUGAUGAAUAUUGAUAAACAGAAAUAUUGUGUAUCAUAUACAGAACAAGAUUAUAGCCCAUGUAUAUUUCAAUGGCAAAAAUGUACCUAAAUCAUUUAAUUUCAUUAAAAACUGCCAUUGCAGUAGCAACAGUUGCACAUGCACAAUAUAAAAUGGUUAUAAUAUUGCAAACAUUUGGUCACUUAUACACCAAAAUUCACAUUACAAUGUCAGGAAUUACCCACAGAAGUGAAUUUGAUAUAUAUUUUUCAGGUUGAAACAUUUCUUCACUUUUAUGUUGAUUAUAUUCAGCAGAUCACUCGUGUGUUAUGCUUGUAUAUCAUAGAGCUAUAAUUGGAUGAAAUACAAUCCAAUACAUUCAGUCUCUGGUAUUAUAAACUAAAGCAUGUUUUAUAAAUAUUACAUUAGCUUUGAUAUCGUUAUAUGGUCAGUUUUUCAUUUCAACACUAACAACUGGGACGCAGUGUCUUUGUAUUUGAUAAUGUGAUGAUAACAUAAGUAAAGAGUACAUGUUAUCUAUUAUAGCAUAUGCAUUUUUGGCAGCUAUUUCAUAUAUAUAUAUAAAGAUUUCUCUUGGUUUCAUUUUUCCUUUGUCCACAUUCUUUCAGUUGCUUCUGAAAGUUCAAGAAACAACUGAACAGCUGGUAACUUGUUACGGUUUGCCUUCAACAAAAGUUGUAUUUUGUUUACAAAGUUGCUCCAGUUGACCCAAAAUGUUUAAGGCUUUUAAAGUUCUUGAUGAAUAAUUAUUAAAAAAAGAAAUCUGUCAAUUAAAUGUUGGUUGUAGUAUGACAUUUUGCAUAUACUUUGUAUUGAGGACAGAAAGUUUUAAAUGAGAUGUUAACAGACUAUGAAUUAAAAAUGCCCAUCAACAAUUCCAGUCUGUACGGAAAAGUACCCUUGUCAUCUGUUAGUAAGUGCAUCAUCUGCUGCUACUCCUAAACUUCGAGUAGCAGUCUGCCUGACGUGUCAUUUACGCAUUCAGGCGUGACAAAUUAGGGAAGCAAUCUCUCCACAACAGGCGCUCACGGUCCAGAUCUGCAGUCUAACUGCUUAUGCAAGCUGACAUGCAACCUGACUUCCCUCGCAAAACCAAUUAUUUUCUGACACUGAAUUGGUUCAUCGAAGGACAGACUGACCUCAGCUUUCAGAGAAAUGCAAAUUCUGUCUGUUUUCCAUGAUUGAAUCUUUAUUCAUUUUCCUGAACUGGUAGUAACUUUUUUCCUCUUGUAUGUACCCCAUAUGCAGUGAGAUUGACCUACUACCAUGCUGGCCAAAGUGAACUCUGAAAUAUUCUACUAUGUGUGUUUGUCUCCAUCCAUUCAAAAAAAAACAAUCAAUCUAAAGCAAUGUUUGAUCCCACUCAUUUUGGACAAACACAUCAUGCACUUUUUGUAUGAUAGCGUUCACCUUUUGGACACUAUGUACAGCACUGGUAGGAUUUUAUAGUGUUUCAAAAGUUUAGAAGUGUAUUGUAUAUACUCUGUGACUUGACUUACAUUUUUAGAAGCUUUGCACUCUUAUUACUAUUACAAUACAAUUGUAUAAACUUCAUGUUGUUUCCCCCACCUCUCUUUUGUACACAAAUGUAAAUCUUUAAUAAAAUACUAAUACUGCACACUGGGUGUUGUGGUUGGAAAUACCGUGCAA